CUUAGUUAAUUUGUGAUCCAAAGUGUAGUCCACCUUUGGACUUUAUAUAUCAUCAUCCUCAUCAACAUCUAUCUAUGAACAUUGAUCACCAAAAGAAAGCCAUGGCUUCUUUAACCAAAAUGGCAACACUACUAUCCUUCAUGCUCAUCAUAUUGUGCCACCCAACGCAGGCGGCGACCGGAGAGAAGGCGCCCUUCAAGAGAAUCUACGCGUUCGGCGACUCGUUCACCGACACGGGGAACACCCACUCGGCGACGGGGCCCAGCUCGUUCACCUACGUGUCGAACCCGCCGUACGGCCGCACGUUCUUCCACCGCCCCACGAACCGCUACUCGGACGGGCGCCUCGUCAUCGACUUCGCCGCCCAAUCCCUCUCCCUCCCUUUCUUGCCGCCGUACCUCAACCGUAAGGCCGACAGGUCUCACGGCGUCAACUUCGCCGUCGGGGGCUCCACCGCCAUAGAUCACAGCUUUUUCGUGAAGAACAACCUAACACUAAACAUAACUCCCCAAUCAAUAAAAACCCAACUCCAAUGGUUCAAUGCCUACUUGGAGAGUGUGGGGUGCAAAGACAAUAAGGCCACACCAAAGGAGUGUGGGGAGGUUUUUGAGGAGUCUUUGUUUUGGGUUGGAGAAAUUGGGGCCAAUGACUAUGCAUACACUCUUGGCUCUACUCUUUCUGGAGAUACUAUUCAACGCCUUGCUGUCUCUACUGUCACCGCCUUUAUAGAGGCAUUGCUAAACAAAGGCGCAAAAUACAUGUUGGUUCAAGGCCUACCAACCACAGGUUGCUUGACACUAGCCCUCUACUUAGCCCCCGAAAACGACCGAGACGCCAUGGGCUGCGUCGCCUCCUCCAACAACCAAAGCUACGCCCACAACGCCGUCCUCCAAUCGAACCUCAACGCCUUCCGAAAACGCUUCCCCAAGGCGGCCAUCGUCUACGCCGACUACUGGAACGCCUACAAGUCAAUCCUCACCAAUGCCAGCCGCUACGGCAUCACCCAGCCCUACAGAGCCUGUUGUGGCUCUGGGGGCGGGAAGUUGAAUUUCGAGGUUUUCUCCACGUGUGGGUCCCCCACCGCGACCUCGUGCCUGAACCCGUCCCAGUAUAUAAACUGGGACGGGGUCCACCUCACUGAGGCAAUGUAUAAGGCCGUUGCGGAUGAGCUCCUCAACGGGACCUUUUCUCGCCCUCCCUUUCGUUACUUGGUUAGGAAGAAAAUGUCUUCCGUUUGAUUAAUAAUAUUUUUUUUUCAUUUACGCGUUUGAUAGAUUCGAGAGUUUGAGUUUCAAGAUUUUAUAUAUAUUUUAUACAUUGAAAGUGUGAAAUUUAAUGUCAUGUGAACCCACUAAUAAUAAAUUUGUGUACUG